AUGAGGACGGGGACUUGGUCGCCUUUUCCAGUGACGAGGAGCUGACGAUGGCCAUGUCCUACGUGAAGGAUGACAUCUUCCGGGUCUACAUCAAAGAGAAGAAGGAGUGCCGGCGGGACCACCGGCCCCCGUGUGCUCAGGAGGCACCCCGCAACAUGGUGCACCCCAACGUGAUCUGUGACGGCUGCAAUGGGCCUGUGGUGGGGACCCGCUACAAGUGCAGCGUGUGCCCCGACUAUGACCUGUGUGGCGCCUGCGAGGGGCGGGGCCUGCACAGGGAGCACAGCAAGCUGGCCUUCCCCAGCCCCUUCGGGCACCUCUCCGAGGGCUUCUCCCACAGCCGCUGGCUCCGGAAGCUGAAACACGGGCACUUUGGGUGGCCAGGCUGGGAGAUGGGGCCACCAGGGAACUGGAGCCCCCGUCCCCCUCGGGCCGGGGACACCCGCCCCAACCCCGCGGCAGAACCAGCUGGCCCGUCAGAGGACCCCAGCGUGAACUUCCUGAAGAACGUCGGGGAGAGUGUGGCUGCUGCCCUCAGCCCUCUGGGCAUCGAAGUAGACAUCGAUGUGGAGCAUGGGGGGAAGAGGAGCCGCCUGACACCAGUGUCCACGGAGAGCUCGGGCCCUGAGGACAAGGGCAGCUCCCAGCCCAGCAGCUGUUCCUCCGGCCCCAGCAGGGCGGAUGGCGCGGAGGGCACAGCACAGGCUCUGACGGAGCAGGCUCUGACGGAGCAGAUGAAACACAUCGCCCUGGAGACCCCAGUGCCGCCCGAGGAGCAGAUGGAGUCUGAUAACUGCUCAGGGGGUGACGACGACUGGACGCACCUGUCCUCCAAGGAAGUGGACCCGUCGACGGGCGAGCCCCAGUCCCUGCACAUGCCGGAGUCCGAAGGGCCAAGCUCUCUGGACCCGUCCCAGGAAGGGCCCACAGGGCUGAAGGAGGCCGCCUUGUACCCGCACCUCCCACCAGAGGCUGACCCCCGGCUGAUCGAGUCCCUGUCCCAGAUGCUGUCCAUGGGCUUCUCUGACGAGGGCGGCUGGCUCACCAGGCUGCUCCAGACCAAGAACUACGACAUCGGGGCCGCCCUGGACACCAUCCAGUACUCGAAGCACCCCCCGCCCUUGUGA